AACAUGUGAACAUGUCGAGGUAGAGUAGACUGAAAGGUGGUAUUGUCUCUGCACUUUUCAUAUCGUGUUAAAGGACAUGGUUUGUCCUUGUCGACGUACGCCGUGUUAAUAAAGUUGAUUUAAAUCCAAGAUGGCGACGCCUGUGCCGAAGUCGUGAUCCAGAGAAACAGGUCAUUUACAGCGUAUUUAAAAGCCGAGUAUGACUUUCAUAUGAUGGACUAUUGGAUUUAUGUCAUUACGACCAUAACACCGAAAUAAAGGAGCAGCAAAUAAAACGAGGUGGCGAAGCCAUGCAGGUGUCAGUGAGAAGGCUGGCUCUGUAUCCGCUGGGGGUUUCCCGGUCCAGCCAAAUCUGCGGCGCUCUCCUGAGCCCAGUAGCCCGCCUCCGGUCCCCCAGGACCCGCUCCCUGUUCAGUGAGACGGGAGUGUGGGAGAAGGACUAUAAAACAGAGACCCGACGCAGAGUGGAAGAAUGGUGGCACCCACGAAUUAUGGCACAGUGGGGGAAGGAUGCGCUGGAGGAGAGUUCCAACAGGAAGAAGUUUUAUGUCCUCUCCAUGUUUCCGUACCCAUCAGGCCGACUACACAUGGGACACGUACGGGUGUAUACCAUUAGUGACACUCUCGGCCACUUCCAGAGAAUGAGAGGCCAUCAGGUGUUGAAUCCGAUGGGUUGGGAUGCUUUUGGACUUCCAGCUGAAAAUGCAGCCAUUGAGAGAGGACUCGACCCAGAGGAGUGGACUAAAAGUAAUAUCCAGUCCAUGCGGGAGCAGCUGGACAGCCUCGGCCUUUGCUUCAACUGGGAACGGGAAGUGACCACUUGCCUUCCAGACUACUACAGGUGGACUCAGUAUCUGUUUAUCAAGCUAUUUGAAGCAGGACUGGCCUAUCAGAAAGAGGCCGUGGUGAACUGGGACCCUGUUGAUCAGACAGUGCUGGCUGAUGAGCAGGUGGAUGAAAAUGGUCGCUCCUGGAGGUCUGGCGCCCUGGUGGAGCAGAAGCUGCUCACACAAUGGUUCAUCAAGACGACAAACUAUGCCAAGCCUCUCCUGGACGCCCUGGCAGACCUUCCAGAGUGGUAUGGUGUCAAAGCCAUGCAGGCGAACUGGAUUGGAGAGUGCACCGGCUGCUACUUCGAUUUCAAGCUCAAGGUGAAUGGGGAGGAGACGGGGGAGUACCUGUCAGCCUACAGCUCCUCCCCAGAGACGGUGUUCGGAGCGGCUUACCUGGCCAUCCUGCCCUCCCACAGACUGCUGCACGGUAGAAGCUCAGUGCGCUCGGCUUUGGAGAAAGCCUUUCAGCCAGGCAAAGACUCGCUCACAGAGGUCACUGCUCAAAACCUGUUCACCGACCACGAGGUUCCCCUGGUCAUAUCUCACAAGGAGGCGUUUGAUGACUAUCUGGAUGCUGUGAUCGGUAUCCCAGACUGCAGUGAGGAGGAUCGGUCUGUGGCCAGAGCUCUGAACCUGAGGUGUACAACUGUGCUGAAAAGUGAUGAAGACGGGAGACAAACGCUGAUCAACUCUGAUGAGUUCUCAGGCCUCACCAGAGAGCGGGCCUUUGACUCCAUUACCCAGAAGGCUUGCGAGCAGAAGAUUGGCGGCCACCUUACCAGCUCCAAGCUCAGGGACUGGCUGAUAUCAAGGCAGAGAUACUGGGGCACACCCAUCCCCGUAGUGCAUUGUGGGUCUUGUGGUCCAGUUGCUGUCCCUGAGGAGGAUUUACCAGUAAAAUUACCAAAGCUGCCAUCUCUCAAAGGAAAGGGUGCGUCGCCACUGGAGGCUGCUCAUGACUGGGUCAACUGCAAGUGUCCCAGAUGUAAGGGCCCAGCGAGGAGGGAGACCGACACCAUGGACACGUUUGUGGACUCCGCCUGGUAUUACUUUCGAUACACAGACCCUCAUAACCCAGACAGGCCUUUCGAUCGCCACCUCGCGGAUCACUGGCUGCCUGUGGACGUGUACAUCGGAGGGAAGGAGCACGCUGUCAUGCACUUGUACUACGCUCGCUUCCUCUGUCACUUCUGCAAGGAUCAGGGUCUUGUGGCUCACAGGGAGCCUUUUCGGAAGCUGCUGGUCCAGGGUCUGAUCAAGGGCCAGACUUUCAAACUAGCAGACAGCGGCCGGUACCUAAAGAGAGAAGAAAUCGACUUCACAGAUAAGGAGCCGGUGGUGCAUGGCGGUGGCCGUGUUGAGGUGACGUGGGAGAAGAUGAGCAAGUCUAAACACAAUGGUCUGGACCCCCAGGAGGUGGUGCAGCAGUACGGCGUGGACACGGUUCGACUCUACACCCUUUACGCUGCACCCCCUGAACAGGACAUCCUCUGGAAUGUCAAGACUGAUGCCCUCCCCGGUGUCCUGCGAUGGCAGUCUCGGCUCUGGCAGCUGGUGACCAAGCUGAGGGGGGCUCGGCAACUCGGAGACGUCCCCAGCCCCUCCCUGCUGAAAAAGAAAGAGCUGGCAGAGACAAAGAAGAUCUGGGAGAACAAGAACUACGCUAUUCAAGAGCCCUCAGAGCUGUUUUUUUAAAGGACCUCUGGCUGUUUGCCAUAAGCCCCCAAAGCCAAGGCUGCUCUUUGAUCCGUCCCUCAGAAAAGCCUUGGUGAUCGACCGCCUGCUCCCUAAGGCCCUUCCCAAACAGGUUCUUCUUCCCAGAAGGCGAAGCAGGGCAAUGUUGACAUGCUGUGUGUCUUCAGCCGGUUCACAUGGUGAUAACGGGAGCAGGCUCCUCUUUUGGGCCUCUCAUUGUUUUUUGUGUUUUUUUUUAACUCUUUUUAUUUAGGGUUUCAAAAGGAAACAUACAGCAGCAAUAUAGGAAUACAUAUUUUAAGUACAGGCAUUAAGAGGACAUACAAAAUGGAAAUGGAAAUAAAACACAUCAAUGUUUUACAAUAUUGCAAUACCUUAAUCUAUUGCAAGUUUAGUUAAAAUAAAUAAAAUAAAUGUAUCAUUAACAAUAAAUAAAUAAAUUAGAAUAAUGGAGUGAGAGAAAAAAGUAAGCGGAUGUUGAUGUUGAUGGUCCUCUUGUGAAUCUGGUUUAUUCCAGGCCGGUUUGCGGGAAGGAUUAGUGCAGCUAUUGAAGUGGUCGAAAAAGGGAUGCCAGAUCUGGUAGAACUUGUCUUCACUCUUCGUCGUCCUCUUUCGUCAAAGCAGAGUGGGAUGGAGCCGCUGCUCGUUUCCAGUUUAGUAAUGGCAGUCUGCGCGGCAGGGUUAAAGAUGUUAUCAUGUUAUUGAUGUUUUUUGUAAUGAUUCACACAGACGGUCUACAUGCCCAAUAACCAAAACAGAUCAUGAAGCCUCAGACUUUAUAGUUUUUACUAACUGACUGCAUCACC